CUGGAGAAAGCGAAACACUGGCUACGUGUAACUGUCGCCAGGUAGAGACGUAAAGCGCGGCUGUCGCAAUGCUGUAUCGUGAGACGAGCGAUGCCUGUGUCGGCGACUUAUGAUGUGCUCUAUGCAGAAGCGUCACCAAGACCCGGCCAUUAGACGGGACGCAGCAGCAUGUUCUACUCCGGCCCUCUGGUAGUUCUUACCUCGUAACUAUGAGUGCUGACGGCGAGCCGCCCGGGGGCUUCAGCAAGAGGCUGCUGGUGACCGGCGGCGCGGGCUUCAUUGCCUCCCAUAUGAUCAUUUCACUGGUUGAAAACCAUUCCGAUUACCUAGUUAUCAAUCUUGAUAAGCUUGAUUAUUGCGCCAGCUUGAAAAAUCUUGAUGCUGUUUCAAGUAAACCAAAUUAUAAGUUCUUACAGGGGGAUAUCUGCGACUCGCACUUCAUAAAGCAGCUCUUUGGAACAGAAAACAUAGACGUGGUUCUCCAUUUUGCCGCGCAGACCCAUGUAGAUCUAUCAUUUUUGGAAUCCUUUAAGUUUGCGUAUGUGAAUAUCUAUGGAACGCACGUUCUUCUUAAUGCUGCCUAUGAAGCUGGAGUGGAAAGGUUUGUCUACAUAAGUACAGAUGAAGUUUAUGGUGGAAGUCUCGAUGAGGAAUUUGAUGAAACAUCACCAAAACGGCCAACGAAUCCAUAUGCGGCGUCCAAAGCAGCUGCAGAAGGCUUUGUGCUGUCUUUCUGGGAAAGAUACAAGUUUCCAGUUAUUAUCACCAGAAGCAGCAAUGUGUAUGGACCACAUCAGUACCCAGAAAAGGUUAUACCAAAGUUUAUCUCCUUACUGCAGCACAACAGAAAAUGCUGUAUCCAUGGUUCUGGAAGACAAACCAGGAGUUUUCUGUACGCCUCUGACCUAGUGGACGCCAUACUGACCAUUCUGAAGAUGGGGAAGGUUGGAGAAAUCUACAAUAUUGGUACCAGUUUUGAAAUAUCUGUCACCCAGCUUGCUAAAGAACUUAUCCGAAUGAUCCAGAAUACCUCCUCCGAAACAGAAACGGAGAAUUGGAUGGAUUAUGUUAAUGACAGGCCUGUCAAUGAUCUUCGUUAUUUGAUGAAGUCUGAAAAAAUGCACAGCUUGGGGUGGAGACCAAAAGUACAGUGGAAGGAAGGCAUUGAAAGAACAAUGCAAUGGUAUAAAAACAAUUUUCACAACUGGAAGAAUGCAGAGAAAGCGUUACAACCGUUUGUUAGUCAAGCAUAGCUCGCACAGAGCGUCGGAUUGUGGCAACACAAGGCAGUAUAACUAUUCUGUUUCUACCUCUGAAGAGGACAUGAAGUGGACGAUGGCAUGGUCCUGGCAUGAUUCUAACAUGUCACGGUGUACAUGGACUGUAGAUCUGCAGCACUGUUUGACAGCCAGGAAAUUAAGUUUAUAGCCAAAGGAUUUAAAAUGGUGGGCAUCUGACACCUGGCACCCUCGCUGAUCAGUUGUUUGAAGGGGCCACAGCGUUUAGAGGAGCGCCUCCUUACAGCUAACCAAGCACAGUACUCUGUAUAGCGGGCUGCGCCUAGGUCAUGUGACCAGUGAACAUGACAUCACUGGCCUAAAAAGAGGUCUCUUCAAACAGCUGAUUGUCGGGGGAGUUGUAAGUCGGACCCCCACUGAUCAGAUAUUGAUGAUCCAUCCCGAGGAUAGGUUAUCAGUAUUUGAAUCCUGGAAAACCCCGAAGCAUUGGAAGAACUACUAUUGUAGAGGUUGCUAUGGAGCCCACAAUCUAGCAUGAAACUAACCUACAGAGCCACGCCAACUAAUAAGCUGCUUUUCAAAAGUGCUAAAGGUGGUGGUAAAUGGCAAAAAGUUUAAAAGUUUGGCGAAAAGCAGCAAUGGCGCCAAAAUGUAUGGCUCUUCUGUACCAAAAAAUUUGCAUACAAACGUGAUAUAUUUCCCCCAAUGUUUUUUACAGGCUGAAAAUACAACACUGAUUUCGGGAGCAAUCGGCAUCAGAAAUCCAUGUGUUAGUUUCACAUAUUCAUCGAAAUCCGGCAGGAAUCAGGCAAUCAGGCCAUUCUGGCCUGCUGGACCCCAUUGACUAUAAUGGGAUGCGGUGGGGAUUCGGCUUCUCCCUGGCAUGCAUGCCGGGAUUUGGCCAGACAAAAACCAUUACGUGCAGUAAUUUCUAUCCAGCCGAACCCCAGCUCAUAUGCUAGCAAGCAGCCAGAUGCCCUCCACAUCUAGUCAAUGGGUUCCUGCGGGCACGGGCCACUAUUCGGCUACGCCGGAUCUAUAGAAUUCCAGCUGGCUGUUCUCUGACGGAUUUCUUUGACGCAUUCGUGAAAGUGGCCUUAUUGCGUUUUGUUGUACAAUGAACUACAAUACUGUGGUUUGUUAGUGUAUUUUAUGCAUUAUAGUCAAUGGGACCGGAGCGGACUUCCAGCGGCACUACAGUCGGCCGUAGAAGGCUGCCUCUAAUGUGAAAGUAGCCUUAGGCGCACCUCCGGCAGUCCUUGCGCAAAAACUAUUCCAGCGCCUGACUGGAGUCGUUUUUCACGAACACUCAGGUGUAAGUGUUAGUAAACUCGCCAGGGCCAAUGUUCGAAGUGUGGAACGCAGUGUAAAAAUGCCCGUGUGACAACAGAUUAGCGCAAAUGUUUAAAAAAAAAGUUGCAGAAAGAGUCUUGUGACUAUUUUUAUUCCAAAAAGUAGAUGGCCCCCAAUAUUAUUAGUAAGUGACUGGUUUUAUGGGAACAUAAUCAUUCUUCUAUCAUUUUACAUUACGGUAAGUGUUUGUCACCUACAUUAGCAGGUCAUCACUGAGGGCAGCAAGUUCUUGACGUUCCCGCCAAAGUCUAGAAUGAUAUGAAGAGGAAGAUUUACUAUGAUAGACAAUUGCACUUUACCUUUCAGUUGGCAUUGGCGCGAGGCUUCUGCUGCAGGUCCGAUAUGGAAAUGUCUAUUUAAAUGUAAUUAACUGUAUUACACGGUAAACGGAAGUCUGAAAUGUGAGAUUUUUAAAUUUUCUACUGUAAAAUGUUGUCUAUUAAGUGCCUAAUAAAGAAAACAUUUGUAAUUUAGUAAUAAACAUGGUAAGUUUUAUACC